UGCCUUGAAGAGAGCAAGGCAAGAGCCCCGCUGCCCGCAGAGCCGCCAGAGCACCCACCACCUCGCCAGAGCACCCACCGCCUCGCUGGAGCCUGGGGCACCCACCGCGGUGGCAGCUGGAGGGAGGGGACAGGGACAGGUCAGGAACGGCAGGUCCGCGAUGGCCGCGUCGCCAGCAGGGUCGGUGGUGAGCGCUGGGCUGGAUGAUAGUCCCACUGGGCUGAGCCCGGCGCCCGGCAAGGCGCUGAGCCCCGUGCUGCUGUGCAAGGUGUGCGGGGACACCAGCAGCGGGAAGCACUACGGCAUUUACGCCUGCAAUGGCUGCAGCGGCUUCUUCAAGCGCAGCGUCCGCAGGAAGCUCAUCUACAGGUGCCAGGCGGGGACGGGGCUGUGCCCGGUGGACAAAGCCCAUCGCAACCAGUGCCAGGCCUGCCGGCUCAAGAAGUGCCUGCAGGCCGGCAUGAACAAGGACGCCGUGCAGAACGAGCGCCAGCCCCGCAGCACAGCCCAGGUCCGGCUGGACAGCAUCGAGCUGGACACCGAGCUACCCCCCGAGCACGUGGCCACCACCCGGGAAGUCCCCCCAACUCCCUGCCCAGCUCCCCGUGGUCCCGGUGCCACCAUCGCUGUCACCCCAGGCCCCCGAGUGCCCACGCCGCCCACCAACCAUCGCUUCAUGGCCAGCCUGAUGACAGCAGAGACCUGCGCCAAGCUGGAGCCUGAGGAUGCAGCCGAUGAGACAGUGGAUGUGAUGGGCAGUGAGCCGGAGCGGGCAGCUGGAGAAUACCAGGUGGCACCGUACCCGGCGGCCAGCCCCGAAAACGUCUAUGAGACCUCUGCACGUCUCCUCUUCAUGGCCGUGAAAUGGGCCAAAAACCUGCCUGUCUUCUCCAACCUGCCAUUCCGUGACCAGGUGAUCCUGCUGGAAGAAGCAUGGAGCGAGCUGUUCCUGCUGUGUGCCAUCCAGUGGUCCAUGCCCCUGGAGAGCUGUCCCCUGCUGGCUGUCCCCGAGCCGGCCCCGGGGAAGCUGCUGCCCACCGCCCUGGACAUCCGCGCGCUGCAGGAGACCCUCAGCCGCUUCAAGGCCUUGGCUGUUGACCCCACUGAAUUUGCCUGCAUGAAGGCCGUGGUGCUCUUCAAACCAGAGACCCGUGGCCUGAAGGAUCCCGAGCAGGUGGAGAACCUGCAAGACCAGUCGCAGGUGAUGCUGGGGCAGCACAACCGGUCGCACUACCCCGGGCAACCCGUCAGGUACCAUUGUCCCCACCUCCCCACAGGUAACAGUGGGGGUGGUGACACCCACCCACGGCCACCGCUCUGUCCCCCAGGUUCGGGAAGCUGCUGCUGCUGCUGCCGGCGCUGCGCUUCAUCUCCUCAGAGCGCGUGGAGCUGCUCUUCUUCCGCAGGACCAUCGGCAACACCCCCAUGGAGAAGCUGCUGUGUGACAUGUUCAAGAACUGACCUCUCCCCUCCACCUUGUCACCCGGCUUGUCACCCUGUCACCCCCACUCUGGGCUAUCACCCAGGGAGGUGGGAAGGUGCCCAUGGUCACGUCUCCAGGGUGGUGGCCAGGACCACGGGAUGCUGCUGGUGGCUGGGACAUGGGGACAGCUGGGGACAGCGGGAUGUCCCUGAACAGGUGGCAGCUGCACCAGGAGCAUGUCACCAGGGUGGCUCCCCUGAUGGCUGCCGCUGUCCCAUGGACCCAGGAAAGGCGCCCUUGCUGUGGCACCAGCACCCGCGGGGACCCACUGGCGCCAGGGGGUGACACCAUCCUGGUGGCGACACCAUCCUGGGGGUAUGACCCCAGCCUGGGGUGACACCGGCCAGGGGUGACACCACCCUGGGGCUGGGUGCACCCCUCAUCCUGCAAUCACUGCCCCUCACUCCUGGGCUGUGACUCC